CUACUUUGGAAAAAAGUGAAACGUGCCUACAAUCUCAAAACUAGAGCAGCUUUGGAAAAUCCUAGCAGUGUAUUAUAAUAAAGAUGUUGAAAUUCUGCCUGUAAGAGUGUUUGACUCAAAUGAAACAGGAAGAUCGGAGAACUAAUGAUUAACUCAGUCCUGUCUGUCUCAAACUUUGUACCGUGUGUUCCCAUAAUCCCUUGAGCUACGGGCCUGAAGGUGUGCUUGGAGCUGGGAGACGCAGCUCCGGAGGGGUGGGAGACUCAUCGGCCAUGGCUACCAACUCGUCUGCCUUAAGGAUUGGAAUUGUGGGAUACGGGCAUCUAGGGCAGUACCUGGUGGAGAGGAUCCUUAAAGAAGGAGCUGGUUCGGGUCUAACUCUCGCCUUCGUGUGGAACAGAAACACUGACAAGCUCAAAGGUUCAGUUCCUGAUGAGCUCGUUCUCGGUGAUUUAUCAGCCUUUGCAGACAGGCAGUGUGAUGUGAUUGUAGAGGUGUGCCAUCCUCAGAUAGUAAAGGACUUUGGGCUCCGUUUCCUCUCUCGGUCGCAUUUUAUGGUGGGCUCCCCCUCCGCCCUCUCUGAUCCUGAUCUGAACCAGGCGCUGUGUCAGGCCGCCAAGCAGCACGGCAGGACGCUCUAUGUCCCCAGUGGUGCAUUGUGGGGAGGCCACGACAUCCAGAGACUGAAUGAUAGUGGAGCCCUAAAGGCUUUGUUCAUAAGGAUGUCCAAACAUCCAUCCUGCUUCCGGCUGACAGGAGACACGCUCUCUGACUGGACAGAGGGAGAGGGGAGGCGUGUUUUAUUCAGCGGCUCGGUGGCAGAGCUGUGCCCUCUCGCCCCCAACAACGUGAACACCAUGGCAGCAGCGGCGGUGGCAGCAGGGACGCUCGGCUUCUCUGGUGUUAGAGGAGAGAUUGUGUCUGACACAGCGCUGAGUGACUACCAUGUGGUGGAGGUGGAGGUGACCGGGGCCAACGGCUUUUCAGUCCACACCGUGAGGAGGAAUCCAGCCAAACUGGGCGCUGUAACGGGCAGCGCCACUUACAACUCCUUCUGGCAUAGUUUACUAGUUUGCAAAGGCCACGGCGGGCGAGUGUACUUGUGCUGAAGGAGGUGAAAACUCAGGAAGAUUUACAAAUGCACAACCCAAAAUCAGGGAUGGUAGUUACUGAGUUACUGACAAUAUUUUUUCCAACACACCUUUGUUCCACUGCUCAGAGAACCAAUAAAGAUGAUCCACUGCAGGUUUCCACAUAAAUAAGAAGGUGUGUACUUUGAACAUGGUGUUACUUGGGCUGUAUUUUCUCAGUAUUUGGAGCAUUUGAAUACACAGAAACCUUUGCUUCUUUGUGUGGCAAUAAAUGGCAUCCA